AUGAAUUUCUACUUCGAGGCUGCCAAAGUACUUGACAAACUUGACUCCAAGAAGGGCUCGAUCAAGGGCAUCAUCGCCACGGUAGCUGAGAAAGACAGAAAGAGGACAGCCGCGUUGGUCAUCGAGACUCUGAAAUACAAGCCUGUCCUGAAUGAAGUACUCGAUGCUACGAAGCUUCUGAAAGAAGAGCGCAAGAUCACUUCGAGGAAUCUCGCGCUGCUGCUUAUACACGACCUCCUGCUCGCGAAUGGCAUACAGGCAGGGGAUGGGCCUAUCAAACAAGGUGUACUGCGACAUAAGACGAGACUACAUGGCGAGUUCACCAGAAUCAAGAUCAAGCGGGGCGCGAAGACGAACGCCGAGCUCGCGCAAACUGACGAUUCCAGAGCUGCACACAUACCACGCUACGUGCGUGUCAACCGGAAUUGCUGGACAGUAGAAGAUGCGAUUGAGACGUUCGGCUCCCGUGGGUACGAGCUGGCUGACCCGCUUACUUCGAUCAAGGCGUUCGCCAAGGAUAAACAUAUCCCGGACCUCCUCGCCUUCCACCCACAAGUGCAAUUCGUCGAAGACGCGUUGUACAAGGAAGGCAAGAUUAUACUGCAGGACAAGGCUUCGUGCUUUCCGGCACACGUCCUCGCUCCGCCGGCUGACGAAGGCAGCGUCGUCAUCGACGCUACCGCUGCGCCGGGAAACAAAACCUCGCACUUGAGCGCAUUGAUGGGCAACAAAGGCAAGCUCUUUGCCUUCGAACGCGACCGCAAGCGCUUUUCCACGUUGAAGAUGAUGCUGUCCAAAGCUCGAUGUAGGAACGUCGAGGCCGUCAAUGCUGACUUCCUUAUGACGAGCCCGACGGACGAGAAGUUCAGCAAAGUGACCCACAUCCUACUUGAUCCCUCGUGCAGUGGGUCCGGUAUUGUCAACCGAAUGGACCAUUUACUGGAAUCAGAACCGCAGAACGACGAAGGGCAGAAGCGACUGGCCAAGCUUGCUUCGUUCCAGCUCAUGAUGAUCAGACACGCAAUGAAAUUUCCGUCAGUCAAGCGGAUCGCCUACUCAACAUGCAGCAUCCAUGCCAUCGAGAACGAGCGGGUCGUCCGGCAGUCGCUCGAGACACCUGAAGCGCUUGAUGGCCACUUCGUCCUCGCUCCGCAGGCGGACGUCCUACCAACAUGGCAUCGGCGAGGCCUGACCGAGGAGAUGAGCAGUCCGGAUGAUGCACAGUCACUCGUGCGGUGUUCUCCCGAUGGGGAUGCGACGAACGGGUUCUUUGUAUGCUUGUUCGUAAAGAGGGCCGCCGGCGGCGACGCACCUGCCGUCACCAGCAAACGGCGGAUCGAGGAUGAAACCACCGAUACGACACACAAAAAGCGUCACAAACGCCGGAAAAAAGCCGUCUCUGAUGCACAAAGAGCGUCAUGA